AGGAUGAGAGGGAGAGAGCACGUUGCCUGACUUAGGACAGCGGAGUCUAUGUUAGGACCGGGCUGAUGAGGCAACCUAAGUGGCCGGCAGGAGAAAUGGAGGGAGGGAGGAGGCAGAAGUUGAGUUCUGGUUGGGGAACGUAACCUUAACCAGUCACUGCUGUGCACAAACAACAAGAGUGGGCAGAAGAUGGUUUGACACCCGAGGAAAAAGAUAAAAAUCUACGACAAAAGAAGAAGAAGAAGAAGAGCACUGAACCAUGGCUGGAAUCCUUUAGGGAUAGCUGAUGUGCAGCGGGCUUCACCCCCAGGCGUAAUCCCUGACAGAAGGGGCCAAGAUGGCAGCUGCAGCCGAUGACCCACACCUGGGUUCUGGCCCAUCGAAUGACGAAGAGAGCCUCCUGGAUGACUCUGACUCAGGCAGCAUUCUCUCUGACGACUCAGUGCUUCCCGACUACGAACAGGGCACGGUCUAUAGGGAGCCACCAAAAACGCUAUAUGAGGCCUGCGCCAGGAACGACCCCGCAUCCCUGACCAGCAUCCUGGAGAGAGGAGUCACCAAGGAGGAGGCCAUGGAGCUAGACAUCAAUGGCAGAAAUGGACUGAUGCUGGCUGUGUCCAAGGGUUUUGUGGACAUCGUCACCCUCCUGCACAAAUGCUCAUUCAUAGACAUCAACCACCAAGACAAUGAUGGCAACACUGCUCUCAUGAUAGCUGCACAGGCCGGAUUCAUCACCAUCCUUAACUACAUCCUGAACUACUAUCCUGGUGUGGAGACUGAGCUCAGAGACCCUCGUGGCUUCACGGCCCUCAUCAAGGCAGGCCUGCAGGGGCGAGAGGACUGUGUGACCGCCCUGCUGAUGCACGGUGCAGACAUGCAUGCUGUGGACCUGGUCCAAGGCAGAGGGCUUAAGGACUGGGUCCUUCGGACAGGACGGUUUGAGACAUUGAACAGGAUACGGCGCCUGCAGGCUCACCCUGUUGCCGGGCAGUUCUGUGAAAGCUACAAGCCUGAGUGGCCUGAACUGAAACAGCUGGUGGAAAAGACCACUGCCCCAAAAUCAACCAGUCAGAAGUUGAGACAGCGCUUAAAAGAAAGCCUUUCUUUCAGCUUCCCGCAUGACCCCCACGACAACGGGGUUAUGGAUCAUAUGGUUCGGAUAACUACGAGCAUUCACAGCCCCCUGGUAGUGACUGGUUCCCGGCCGCUUUGCCCCACCAGUCCCCCUGAAAUUGGCAAGAGACGGUACGCCGUACCAGAACUGCUUGAAAAGCACAGCAGCAAGGAGCUGGAGGAGAGCACUGUGUCCCACAGCAACGGAUCCAUCACUUCAGCGUCUCCAACAGCUUUGUCCGCCACCUCUGUCUCUCUGACAUCCUGCUGCCAGGAGGCAGAGCGCAGGGAGAGCAUGCCAUCAGGCGGCAUGAGAAGUUUCAUCCCCCGCAGCAUGGCACACAGGAACAGCAUAUUCCCCUCGGGUUGCAUUCCUAAGAUCGAAGUGACAAAGUCUGGGGAGCCCACACCAAAAAAGGAGAAAAAGAAGAAGAGGCAGAAGGGCUACCUGGAGCCGCCCGUCUGGAAGUACAAGGAGGCCAAGGAGGAGAAAAAGAGAGAGAAGAAAAGACAAGAACAGGAGAAAGAAGACGAGAAAAAAUCUAAGGGGUCCAAAAAAUCCUCCAGCAAACGCUGAGUCAGCCAGAUAAAAUUUCACUGUGAUAUGGCCACGCACAAAAUAAAUAAAACAGUGAGAUAACGGUGACUCUGAUUUCUGUAACAUGAGAGAAAGUCGGUGCUAAACAACUUUGGGAGCGAGCAUCUGACAAAUAUCAUGAAUGGAUUUGAACUUUGGCUCCAACAGAAACUGUGAUCCACUGGAAGGUGGAUAAUAUAUCCACCUUCAUAAUAUUCAUAAUAUUUCUAAACAAUUUUUGACAACUUGGGCACACAAAUAUGUUAUUCCUGAUGAUAUUUGGAUUGAGACAUCAUUAGACUUUUUACAUCUCAAGCUCGGUGAAUCUUUUGCUUUUGCACCACUGUGUCUGCUUGAGCUGCAGUUUUAAAGACACUUCUUUUUUUUCUUGGACACUUGGUGAAAAGCUUUAUAGUAACUGAAUAUAAAAUAAAGAGCCAAUAGCCUGUACUGUAAAUGAGACAUGUAUGAGCAAAUAAUUUAAUUUAACUUAAAUUAAAAUAAGUUAUUAUAUCCAAAGGACCAAAAAGAGACAAAACAAGGUGCCAACAAUAGUCAUGUGACUCCAGAGGAAUUAAAGGAAGAUGACGCCCCGCUCUGAUGAAUCACCUUUUAAUUUCUGUCAUGUGGAUUAUGUGUGGUGGUUUGGAGAAUGAUCUGGUGGGGAAGAUUUUGUCCUGCCAUCCAACCAUUCAUCCAUCCACUUAAUAAGAUGAGGUGUUGACUUCAAAUUGUCCAUGGAGGCUUCACCUUACAACGUGUACUGUAACACUGUGGUACCACAACACACCUUCAGGGGCCCAUGUGUCAAUGAAGCAUAAAAGAACCAACACACACGUUAGGCUGGCGUUCAUAUUGUUAUUCCUGACUGAUGUUUGUUUUCUAAUUGCCCACCCAGAUCCCACCUCUCCUGCAACAUGUAGCAUCUACUGGAUUUUUGAUAAAAGAAGAACCCAAGGAACCUCUGAGAGGAACUGCCUGUACCAAAUGUUUCUCAGGGUUAUUAAAUUAUGGACUUUUCACGAUCAGAUUGUUUUUUUGGAAACUAGAAAAAAAGUGUUAUCAUAUUUUUGUAUUGAGUUUGCUAACUAAAAUAACACAAUUAUUAAUCCAAAACAUAUCCACUUGUAACAGAUUAUAUCUAUAUGUUAUCUACGACAUCGAUCUAAUUAGGCAAUCUCUUCUUUGAUAGAGUUUGAAGAUUACUUUAAAAACAAAAAUACUUUGAGCACUCAGGUUUUUUGUGGCGUAUUUAAGGUGUUGAAUCAAUGACGAGUGUUUAAUGCAAGUUUGUAAUAAAUUUUCUUGACCUGA